GUGGACGUCCAUCGGCCGGCAUAUGCAAAACCAGCAUACAGGACAUGGAGAUCACUUUCCUAACUGUCUCCAUGCAGAAAUUGAACAACGGCAAAACAGGAAAUGGUUAAUACCAGGAACUAUUGCAUGUAACAAGGUUCUGGCGAUUGUGAACAAUCCCCGUUUAUGUAAGGACAUUGCUAUGAUGAGCGAGAAGCACCAGACCUCCAGAUUAGAAGCCUUCCACUCCCUCCUAAAUCAAUUUGCACCAAAGACCUACCACUUCUUGUAUCGUCCUCAAAAGUGCAGGACCUUAUUGGCUGUCCUGCAUUAUAAUGAAAAUGGAGGUCGCUCACAAGCAUCGACAGUGGAUGGUGCAAGCCGCUACGCAUUAACUUUCCCAAAGUUCAAGAAAGGUGGUGCCGUUGUCAGACCAGUGAUGGUUGCAGCAAGUUAUGAGUAUGUAGACAAACUGUUGGACCUUGUGGUUACUCGCUGUAAUGAGGGAGUUAUCCAGCCAAGUCAAGUAGAUAUUCCAUCGUUUCUUUGCAGCAGCUUUGAGCGACCUGACAAAGCAGAGGCUAUUGCUGCUCACCGCACACGUUUCUUGAAGUAGACUAAAAAGUGAUAUAUAUAUAUAUAUAUAGU